AGCCGCCAAGAUGGCGUCGGCGCUGGAGCAGUUCGUUAACAGCGUCCGGCAGCUCUCGGCCCAAGGGCAAAUGACCCAGCUUUGUGAGCUGAUCAAUAAAAGCGGAGAACUGCUAGCAAAAAACCUCUCCCAUCUGGAUACAGUGCUUGGUGCCCUGGAUGUGCAGGAACACUCAUUAGGAGUACUUGCUGUCUUGUUUGUGAAGUUUUCUAUGCCCAGCAUCCCCGACUUCGAAACAUUAUUCUCACAGGUGCAGCUCUUCAUCAGUACUUGUAAUGGGGAACACAUUAGAUAUGCAACAGACACUUUUGCUGGCCUGUGCCACCAGUUAACAAAUGCCCUUGUGGAGAGAAAACAGCCCCUGCGAGGAAUUAGCAUUCUCAGACAAGCCAUAGACAAGAUGCAGAUGAACACAAACCAGCUGACCUCAAUACAUGCAGAUCUCUGCCAGCUCUGUUUGUUAGCAAAAUGCUUUAAACCUGCCCUCCCAUAUCUAGAUGUGGACAUGAUGGAUAUUUGUAAAGAAAAUGGGGCAUAUGAUGCAAAGCACUUUUUAUGUUAUUACUACUAUGGUGGGAUGAUAUACACUGGGCUAAAGAACUUUGAAAGAGCACUCUACUUCUAUGAACAGGCAAUAACUACUCCAGCCAUGGCAGUUAGUCAUAUUAUGUUGGAAUCAUAUAAAAAGUAUAUUCUAGUUUCUUUGAUACUACUUGGCAAAGUUCAACAGCUACCAAAAUAUACUUCCCAGAUAGUUGGUAGGUUCAUUAAGCCCCUUAGCAAUGCUUACCAUGAAUUAGCGCAAGUUUAUUCUACCAAUAAACCCUCGGAGCUUCGAAAUCUGGUGAACAAACACAGUGAAACAUUCACAAGGGAUAACAAUAUGGGGCUGGUUAAGCAAUGCUUGUCAUCUCUCUACAAAAAGAAUAUUCAGAGGCUAACCAAGACAUUUUUAACAUUGUCAUUACAAGACAUGGCAAGUCGAGUGCAGUUGUCGGGGCCCCAAGAAGCAGAAAAGUACGUCCUCCACAUGAUAGAAGAUGGUGAAAUCUUUGCAAGUAUUAAUCAGAAGGAUGGUAUGGUCUGUUUCCAUGAUAAUCCUGAGAAGUAUAACAAUCCAGCUAUGCUUCAUAACAUUGAUCAGGAGAUGCUGAAAUGUAUAGAGCUUGAUGAACGACUGAAAGCCAUGGAUCAAGAGAUCACUGUGAACCCUCAGUUUGUGCAGAAGAGUAUGGGCUCUCAAGAAGAUGACUCAGGGACCAAACCAUCCAGUUAUUCCUGAAAUUAAUGUUGCUCACUACUCCGCUUUCAAGUAAAAGCUUAAGAGAAUCACGCCUGGAAUAGGGCAUUGAGGAGUUCCAUGAAGAGAGCAGAGAGAACUGAGCUUUGCUUUUCACCUGGACAUUGAGAAAAUAAAAGAACACCCUCUCAGUACUGUAUAAUUUCAGAAAUAUUCUCCGCAAAGAAAAAGGAAAUCUCAAAAGAAACUUAAAAGUCUGUUGUGGAUUUAUUUAUCUUCAGAUUAACAUCGUUAAUGCAUUAAAUAAUCUACCUUUUGUUUUAAAGGUUUUGAAUGUUGCUGUGUUUCUGUAGCAGUCCUUUUUCCUCCUCUGCAGGAAAAAAACAAGUGUUAUUCAGGGAAGAAUGCGAACUAGCAUUGGUUCAUUUACAAGAUAAUUACUGGUUCAUUUUGUAUUUAAAUUUGGCUCAAAGUGCAGAUACCAUGUAUGGUGGGGGGAGAGGGGUGGAGCUUAAGUAAAAUUCUCUACAUCAUAAUUUGCAUAUACUUAGUGUAGUUGGCUGCUGUCUCAAAUGAUGAAAUAAGAACCAUGUUCUUCUCGAAAGGUAUUAACAAGUCCUCGGUAGGUGACUUUGUUGAAAAGUAGAAGUUACUUUAGGGAAACAUACAUGAGAGCUAUUUAUGAUUUUAGACUUCUGGUACAAAAUACUUCCUAAUAAUGUUUGCUCUUGGAUCAAAUUUACUAGGCCUAAACAAGGAUAAUUGGAAGACCUGGGUGUUCUGGACGAUGCUGGAUAUGAAGUUCUUCACACUGAAAGAAGUUUAAAUUUUUGUUCCUAUACAAUCAGCAUGAAGGUAUUCAACACGCUACUGUUUUUCUGUGGUGGAAAUCAGUUCUAAGUGAAGGCCGUGCUAUAGAUCCUUUCUUUGUUUCUAAAUACGAUUCUUCAUGAUGGAAUUCUAUACAACUCAUAAAAAACAAUGUUAUUUGGAACUAA